AUGGCCUCAAAGCGAAUCAACAAGGAGUUGAAGGACCUUCAGAAAGACCCACCUGCAUCCUGCAGUGCUGGUCCUGUUGCUGAUGAUAUGUUCCACUGGCAAGCGACUAUUAUGGGUCCAGCAGACAGCCCAUUUGCUGGAGGUGUUUUUCUUGUAUCCAUUCACUUCCCACCUGAUUACCCUUUCAAGCCACCCAAGGUUGCCUUCCGGACAAAAGUCUACCAUCCGAACAUUAAUAGCAAUGGCAGUAUCUGCCUUGACAUCCUCAAAGAGCAGUGGAGCCCUGCCCUGACCAUUUCCAAGGUACUUCUCUCCAUAUGCUCACUGCUGACAGAUCCAAACCCCGAUGAUCCUCUGGUGCCUGAGAUUGCUCACAUGUACAAGACUGAUAGAGUGAAGUAUGAGACUACUGCUCGAUCCUGGACUCAGAAGUAUGCCAUGGGCUAG